AUUACAGCAAACUAUAAAAAACUUGAUGCAAUUAACAUGAAUUUACUUAUAAUGUAUAUUAAUUUUUUACUUUAUCAUCCACAUUAUAUUGAAUCUUUUUCUUGCACAUUUUUACUGCUUAUAAUAACUCACUUAUGGAACUUAAUUGCUAAACCAUAUGAAAAACAAAAAUGAAACUUUUAAUAUAGCAGGGAAUUAAAUUACCAUAAAACAAAUGGUUUGGACAAAUCUUCAGUAGCCAUGCUUGGGUUCAGAUCAGUUCUGAUUCAUAGCAUAAAGAUGAAUAUUGAAGGUAGUGAGAAACAUAACCUAAUUCUCAGCCAAAUAUUAAAAGUUUUGUUUUAAGUCUGGUUAUUCAAUUUUUAACUUUUCUAUCUUCAAACCUUAUAUUUGUAAAAGAUUGAAUAAAUCAUUUUAUGAAUUAAUAAAAUUAAAUAACUGCAAAAAUAUUACUAAUUUAAUAAAAGUAAUUAAAGUUUCAUAGAACAAUAAUUUUCACAAUUUUAUUUAUAUUAUUUCAUUAUGGAAAACCAUUCUAGUGAGUAGGAAAUUAAAUGAUAUGAAAAAGUUUCACCAAAUUUAAUUUAUUUCUUACAGCUGCACAAAUUGUCAAUUAGAACUCUGUUGUUUUGAACUCAGCACAACCAAAGAAGAAGGUCGACAGUUUUUAUUUGGUGCUAGGUUGCCUUCAGAACGUCAGGAAUGGUUAAAAUAUAUUUAUAAAGCAAUGUCACCUCUCUCCUGCCACAUAGAAGAAUGGUUUAUUGAUUUUAAGCAUGCAGGUUUUGUAUAUCUGAAAGAGGGCACUGCUGGUCAUUGGCAGACAGCAUGGAUUGUGCUUAAAGGACGUAAUUUACUAGUUAGCCAGCUUGAAAUAAAUGUAAUAGAAGUAGUUGAUUUAAGAAAAUCCAUGGGUGUAGUCAAGUUAACAAAUACUAAUCAAGGAUGCCCAUCAGUAUCAUCAAGUGGUCCGUUAUUUCAUAUAGACUUGCCUCAAAAAGCUUUUUAUAUACAAGGAUAUUGGCCUAUCCAUACAGAAUCAUGGUAUCAAGUGAUACAUCAAGCUUGGACUUUACCAUCGGAAAGUUAUUUAACUGAUCAUUAUAUGACACAAGAAAAUGUUCCUGUAAUAAUAGAUAAGUGCCUGAAUUUCAUAAGUACACAUGGGACUACAGUACAAGGAAUAUAUAGGAUUGCUGGUUCUUCAUCAAAAGUGAGAAAAUUAUUAGAAUGUCUCAGACAAAACGCAUGGAAUGUCCAUAUAAAAUCAGAUGAAUAUUCUCCACAUGAUGUGACAAGUGUUCUAAAAAGAUUUCUAAGAGAAUUGCCAGAAUGCAUAAUGAAAGAAAAAUUAUAUCUUCUAUGGGUCAGAGCUAGUGAAAUAGAUCAUCGGGAUGAGAGGUUAGAAACAUACAAAUCAUUGUUAAAACAAUUACCUGAUGAACACUACCAAACCCUCAAAAAAUUAAUAGGACAUUUAUUUAGUAUCAGGGAACAUGAAGAUAAAAAUAUGAUGCCUUCAAUGAAUUUAGCACCUAUUUUUGGUCCUACUUUGUUAUAUAGUAAUUUGGGCAAUUCUCAUGGAUUUAAUCAAACUAAUGCCAUGAUGGAUGUUGUUUCAGAUUUCAUUACACAUUAUACUUGGCUUUUUGAGAUUGAUCCUAGAGAAUUAGAAAAGGAGAAGGCAAUUCAACAAGCUUUACAGCUUUUAAGAGAAGCAAAAAUUGCUCAGCGUCCUGCUGGUGAUAUUUUAGUUGGUGUGUAUAUUUAUAACAAAGAAUGGGGAAAAUGUUUGAAUGUCAGGCUAACACCUUCCAUGACUGCUGAAGAUCUUUGUCUAUAUGCAUUCUCUCAUGCCGACAUUAAAGAAAGUUGUGAAAAAUUAGCUGUUUUUGAAGUUAUUUGCAAUGAAGAAUUAGAGAGACCUUUACAUUAUCAAGAGAUAGUAUUGGCAGUGACAUUACACUGGGCAUCCUGGGCAGAAGCAGAUGCUAAAGGAAAUUAUCUCUUAAUUAAACACAAUCAUAUCUGUGAUGCUAUCAUGCCUCUAAUUCAGACUAGACAACCCCUGUCAAUGUUUAGUGAACUGAGAUUUGCUGAUUUUCGCUCAAAGACAUUCAGAAAAUUUGUUUUUGAAUUUAUUGGAGCUAAAUUAACUUAUUAUAAAGAUGCAAGAGCAAGUCAACCACUUGGUCAAUGGAAUGUAGAAGAUAUUACCUGGUACAUUGGAAUAGAAUCAAAAAGAUCCCCUCCCACUAGGUGGGGUUUCACAUUCAUUGAUCGCAACCAAACUGUCAAAAGGACAAAAGAUAAUCCAUAUUUUGGCAGAGCAGUCUGUUGCAAUACAGAAGAAGAAUUCCACAAAUGGGUGGCCACCAUGUUGAAUGGAGAACAUCCCAACAACUUACUACCCCAGCGACCUGUUCCAGACCUGUUGAUGUGAAUACAAAAACUAUUGGAAAGUAUAUUCAAAUGGUCAUAUACCAGAAUCAUUAUUGUUAAAUUUGAAUAAUGAAUUUUAUGUUAAUGUUACCACAAAUACUGUACAUAACAUAUUCACAAUAUUUAAAGAAACAAAGUGUAUCCAACAGUAUUAUUAUAUGUAUUUGUUUAUAGACAGAAAAGCAUUCCUCACAGAUCUUUGUUGUUUUUACACCAAGAUAACCAGAGUUUAUAUUUUUUCAAACUUGUACUUUUUUUUAUAACAAUCUAGUUGAGCCUAUACAAGAUUAAUAAUGUUGAGAUCAAUUUAUGUAUGUGUUGCAGAUCAUUCUAAUCUAGUCUGCAUGCUUUGCACAUAGGUGAGCUUGGACAUGUUAAUUUUAAGUCCACUAUUAAAUUAUAUAAUGUGCAUAUAUGUAUUUAUUAUUGAUGAUAAAUGCUUUUUAGGAAUGGCAUUUUACAUUUAU